ACAAUGGAUGUAUGGAUGGAUUGUGAUAAGAGUUGUAUAAGCCCCCAAUAAAAUGAUUUUUUAAAGAAAUUCUUAUCACUGUGAAUAUAACACAAAAGCAGUCAUAUAUAAUAUGUUGAUGAAUGAGUGUGGCUGUGUUUAAAUAAAACUUAAUUUAAGAACUCAGAAAAAGAAAAUCGGUGGUAGUUUGAUCCAACCAAGAGUGUGGGGAAGGCCAGCAGUAGUGGAGGAUUAGAAACCCCCAAUGCUAUGCUGCGAGUUCCCAACAAGCGUGCUAGGUACUGAGAACGGCUUUCUCCUCGUUCCCCUGUGAGUUCCAUGUUCGGUAGCUUACAUGACCGUUUCUUGGUUGUGCUUGGACCGAGGUGUAAAGACACCGAAACAUGCAGUAAGUCACUGAAAUCAUGCUGCCAGGGGCCUGGUGGAACCUGGUGAUGGUGCUGAUGGGCCAGGCGUAUGCAUUGUUCAAACAUGGCCAACUGUACGUUAUUGUAAAUGAGUUAAACCUUAAUAUACCUGACUUAAAACAAUGUCUGCCCCCCCUCCCCCCAAAAAUAGCUGAGUGCAUUAACUGUCUGCAGUAUUCAAGGACUCCGGUGGAACCUCCUAAGAUUCUUUUAACAGUCGCUCUGUUUGCCCUCUUUUGUAAUGCCCCGCCCGGCCUGCCAGUACUCUCCCUGGGGCCUUUCUUUCAGGUAUAGGCACACUCGGUGACUGGUGGCCCUCCCCCAAACCACUGUUUAUGAGAGCCCAUGCUCAGUCAUCUAGGAGAGGAAAUGCUGACUGCCCGUUCUUUCUCCCCCAGGGACAAAAUCUGCCAGGGCGAGUCCUUUUUCUGCGUUACGUGGUGCAGACCCUGGAAGACGACUUUCAGCAGACUUUGAGAAGGCAACGCCAUCACCUGCAGCAGUCCAUUGCCAGCACCGUGCUGUCCUGUGACAAGCAGCCGCACAACGUCAGGGAUGUGAUCAAGUGGCUGGUCAAAGGCGUGACUGCAGAUGGACUGACUCAGCCCCCAAAUGGAAACCCAACUUCUUCAGAAACAAAAACCUUGAAAGCCGGCAGUAGCCACCCUUCUCCCCAAUCGAACGUGACAAAGAACGCCAAUCAUUUGAUUGUCUGCCAGCUGCAGAGGAUGCUGUCCAUAUCCGUGGAGGUGGACCGGACCCCCACCUGCAGCUCCAAUAAAAUCGCUGAGAUGAUGUUUGGGAGGGUGCUGGACAUUCCGGAGAGGAGGCAGAGGGAGAUGUUCUUCACCACCAUGGAAAGCCACCUUCUGCGCUGCAAAGUGUUAGAGAUCAUCUUUCUCCACAGCUGUGAGACGCCCACCCGCCUGCCCCUGUCUCUGGCCCAGGCCCUCUACUUCCUGAACAAUUCAACCUCGCUGCUCAAAUGUCAGUCCGAUAAAACCCAGUGGCAGACGUGGGAUGAGCUGAUUGAACACCUGCAGUUUCUGCUGUCCAGUUACCAGCACGUGUUAAGAGAGCACUUACGGAGUUCGGUGAUUGAUCGAAAAGACUUAAUAAUCAAAAGGAUUAAGCCCAAGCCCCAGCAAGGAGAUGACAUCACAGUGGUGGACGUGGAGAAACAGAUUGACGCCUUCCGGGGCCGGCUGGCCCAGAUGCUGGGGGAGCCGCUAGUCCCGCAGCUCCAAGACAAAGUGCACUUGCUGAAGCUCCUGCUCUUCUACGCUGCGGGCCUGAACCCCGAGGAGCCCUCGCCAAAGAACUGCAGCGGGUCCUGAGGGCCUCGAGCACGCCACACAAGAAUACCUCCUGAACUCUCCAAAAGUAUGGCGCCGUAGUUAAGAAAAUCUGACAGGACCAAGCCCAUGUUAUUUAUCUGUAGGUUUUAAUACCUUUCUGACUUUAGAAAAUAUCUUCUUUUGAUAAUCCUACUUUAGCCUGCUCUCAGAUAUGGCUUAACUACACAAGGUGUAUAUAUAUAUAUUUUUUUAAUAAAUUAUUUAUCUAUACUUUUUU